AUGGCAAAGACAUACAGAAAGGAGGAUUUUGAUAAAUUAAUGGCUAAGAUGGUGGCAGUUGAUCAUAGGGUGAAGGAUUACCUUGAGGAUGCUGGGUAUGAGAAGUGGUCAAGAGUUCAUUCAAUAGUAAACAGAGGUAGAAUGAUGACUUCGAACAUCGCAGAGUGUAUCAAUGGUUGCCUUGUUGAUGCACGUCGGUUAACUAUAUUAGAAUUCUUGGAAGAAGCUAGACUUCUAUUUGGUAGUUGGAACUGUAAAAAUAGAGAAAUAGCGUCAUAUACAAAGGACACAUUGGGCAGAAGAUUUGAGGAGGUUGUUCCAUCGUCUGAAUAUAUUUUCUCAGUUUAUGAACCCGGAAGAAGAUACGUUGUAUGCCUUGAGCGGAAAAUAUGUACGUGUGGAAGAUUUCAAGAAGAUGAGAUACCUUGCGCACAUGCAAUUGCAGUUUUAAAGCACAAGAAUGUUACAAAUAUGCAUCCAUAUUGCUUUGAUUACUACAAGCCUGAUGCUUUAGCAAAAACCUACGAGGUUGCAAUGGUUCCAAUGCCAGAUAAGGAGGAUUGGACAGUUCCAGACUAUGUUUUAGAUGAAAUUGUCUUGCCACCUAGGUAUAGAAGGUUGGUUGGACGACCAAGGAAACGAAAAAAAAAAUGCGGAUGA